AUGUACUCUCCCGCUAAACUCCUUGUUGCCGUCAUGGCCCUCACCACUUUUUCCUCGGCCAGUCCUGUCGCCGAGAAGAGCAACACUCAGAACCUCGAGGCUCGUGGUAACUGCUUAGGUUACGCGAAUUAUGCAGCCUGUGCUUCUGGUCGUCGACGUUCUUGCCCUCACGGCGCUGGACAGAACCAGUGCUUCACUGCCGCUUCGCGUGUCUGUCAGGAGAACUGCUAA